GACCCUGAAGGUCACACAACGGACCCUGGAUAGCUACCACAAGCAUAUCCAGGAUUUUGAGUCAUGGGCGCGCCAGCACAACCACCGGGUAAACUUGGACAGCCUGGACAGAUUGGUGGUUCGCUACAUGACCCAGCUGGCGCUGGAGGAGGAAGUGCAGCCGAGUGCCAGCGCAUACCUCGUCUUUGGUCUUCAGCUUCUUCGUUGCAAUAAACCAAAGGUCGAGUUCCUCCCUCUUUCCAAGGAAGCUUUGGCUGGCUGGCGAAAGCUGGCACCAGGAGGCAUGCGCCUCCCGGUCCCGGAGGAGUUCAUCUUUGACUUUGCGCACCUUGCCCUAGAUGAUGGCCACGUGGACAUCGCCUUCGGCAUGAUUCUGCAGUACGACACCUACCUCAGACCCUCAGAAUGCCUAGGCCUGGAGCAGCAGCACCUUGGCUUCCCUGCCGGGGGACGCUACAACAAGUGGUCCAUAGUGGUGGCUCCGUUCCAACUUGGAGCUACUACAAAAACAGGCAAGUUCGACGACUCCGUGCUUGUGGCGGACAAAAGUGACCGAGCCUGGCUUACUCAAGCUAUGGACCUGUACGUGAAGCAACACCCUGGCAAACUCUUCCCCAAGCUCACCCUGGCCAAAUACGAAGCCUGGUUCAGGAACGCAGCCGGGAAGUUGAAAUACAAGUCGAAGUGUGUGAUGCCCCAUAUCCUUCGCCAUUCUGGAGCCUCAAAUGAUGCCUACCACAAAAGGCGUUCACUUUUGGACAUCCAGAAAAGAGGGCGCUGGGAAGCUAAGAAGUCAGUUUCUCGAUAUGAGAAACAUGCGCUUCUUCUCAAGCGUUGGGAACAGGCUGCAGCGGAUCGCUUACCAGCUAUCCGCCGCAGGUCUCAGGCGCUUCCUGGGCGUCUACUGCAAGCGCUGCGAUGA